AUGGCAAGUCUCCGGUGCUGGUCGCUCUGUCCCAAGCCCCGGCAGGUCGCGAGCGAGAGCGUGCACGGCGCGCAGCUCGCUCUGCAGCGGCUGAGCAGGCGCUGUGAGACCUGCGACGUUGAGGCGGGCACGCGAUGCAAGUGCAGAGAGGAGGCCGUGGCCCAGGACGGCGGGAAGGUGGCCGUCGUGGAGGUGAAGGGUGAGGAGCGUCGUAGCGAGCCGAACAGCUCCUUUGCACACUCCGCCAUCAACAUGGUUGGGAUGCUCAUAGGGCUGGGGCAGCUUUCCACUCCAUAUGCCUUGGAGAACGGCGGCUGGGCCUCUGUAUUCCUCCUCAUCGGCCUCGGCGUGAUGUGCGCCUACACAGCUCACAUCAUCGGCAGGUGCCUCGACGAGGACUCCGGUUCCAAAACGUACCAGGACAUCGGAGAGCAGGCGUUCGGCGUCAAGGGCCGCGUCAUCGCCUCAACCAUCAUCUACCUCGAGAUCUUCCUCGCACUCGUCUCCUACACCAUCUCCCUCAGCGACAACCUGCCGCUCGUCUUCGCAGGUGUCCACCUCCACCUUCCGUGGCUCCACCUCAGCGCGACGCAGCUGCUAACAAUCAUCGCCGUGCUGGUGGCGCUGCCCAGCCUUUGGCUCAGGGACCUGUCGUCCAUCUCCUUCCUUUCCUUCGCUGGCAUCAUCAUGUCGCUGCUCAUCUUUGGCAGCGUCGUCUGCACCGCCGCGUUCGGCGGGGUGAACCUGGGCAAGCACAUCUCCGUGCUCCAGCUGGAGAAGAUCCCGGUGGUGUCUGGCCUGUACAUGUUCAGCUACGCCGGGCACAUCGUGCUCCCAAACAUCUACACCGCCAUGAAGGACCCAUCCAGCUUCACCAAGGUGUCCGUUACGAGCUUCGCCGUGGUCACGGCUCUCUACGUGGCUCUUGCGUUCGUCGGCGCGAGCCUCUUCGGCCCGGCGGUGAGCUCUCAGAUCACGCUCAGCAUGCCGCCGCAUCUCGUGGUCUCCAAGGUCGCGCUGUGGGCUACCGUGCUCACCCCGGUAACCAAGUACGCGCUUGAGUUCGCGCCGUUUGCCAUCCAGCUCCAGCACCACCUCCCAGAGGGCAUGGGACCUCGCGCGCGCAUGUUCGUCCGCGGUGCAGUCGGGUCGGCAGCGCUCCUGGUCAUCCUGGCGCUGGCCCUCUCCGUGCCGUACUUCCAGUACGUGCUCAGCCUCACGGGCUCGCUGGUGAGCGUGGCGAUCUGUGUCAUCUUCCCCUGCGCGUUCUACCUCAAGAUCUACUGGGGCAGGGUGCCCAAGUCCACCGUCACUCUCAACGUGGUGUUGAUGGUGACCGGCGUAGUUCUCGCGGUGGUGGGGACCAUCUCGUCGGCCAAGUCGCUUGUGCAGAGUAUCCAAAGAGGCCAUGCGGCGUAA